CAGCGGGUUGCCAUGGUAACAGCCGCCUCCUCCCGGCAUGCAGCAGCGCCCCCCUCCCUCUCCGUGCUUCAGCUGGGUGGAGCAGCAGACGGACCGCAGCAGCAGCAGUGUGGAGGAGUGAUGAUGGAUGGAGACUCCGCCCCCCUCAGAGAAGGCCCCGCCCAAGAGGCGCAGAGGAUGAUGGGAGAGUCUCCCUGCUUAAUGAUGGAGAAACAGGAGGAGGUGAAGAAAGAGGACUGCUCCAUGAUGGGGAAACAGGAGCAAGAGAAAGAGGAGAAGGAGGAAGACAAGCUUUCCAUGAUGGAGAAACAGGAAGAGGAGAAGAAAGAGGAGUGCUUCAUGAUGGAGAAACAAGAGGAGGAGGAGAAAGAGGAGCACUCCAUGAUGGAGAAACAGGAGGAGGAGAAGAAAGAGGAGCACUUCAUGAUGGAGAACCAGGAAGAGGAGGAGAAAGAGGAGUGCUUCAAGAUGGAGAAACAGGAGAAAGAGGAGAAAGAGGAGCACUUCAUGAUGGAGAAACAAGAGCAAGAGAAAGAGGAGAAUGAGAAAGAGGAUCUUUCCAUGAUGGAGAAACAGGCAGAGGAGAAAGAGGAGCUUUCCAUGAUGGAGAAACAGGAGGAGGAGAAGAAAGAGGAGCACUUCAUGAUGGAGAACCAGGAAGAGGAGGAGAAAGAGGAGUGCUUCAAGAUGGAGAAACAGGAGAAAGAGGAGAAAGAGGAGCACUUCAUGAUGGAGAAACAAGAGCAAGAGAAAGAGGAGAAUGAGAAAGAGGAUCUUUCCAUGAUGGAGAAACAGGAGGAGGAGGAGAAGAAAGAGGACCACUCAGUGACGGAGAACGAGGAGAAGGAGGAGAAAGAGGAGCGCCUCAUGAUGGAGAAACAAGAGGAGGAGAUGCCAGGAGAAGAGAAAGAGAGGGAGAAGGUUCAACCUCAGACUCCGUGCUCCUCCUCCACACCUCCUCCUGAAGAUGAAAGAGAAGCUGAAGAAAAAGAGGAGAAAGUGCAAAGAGAAGAACAGAAAGAGGAGGUUCGAUCUGAGAGUCCACCUGUACAGGAGGAGCAGGAAGGAGACGAUAAAGAGGAAGAUGAAGUCAGAGGAGAGGAACAGGUGAAGCAGGAGGCAGUGGAGGUGAAGGAGGAGAGAGAAGAGGAGGUGCAUCAGACAGAGACUCCCAGCUCCCCUUCAACACCUCCUCCAGGUGAAGCCGGAGAUGAUGAAGAGGAGGAGAAGGAAGCUGUGGUGGGCAGAGGUGAGGAGCUCCACCCACCUCAGGAGGUCCCUGAUAGUAGGACAAGUGCUCCCUCCCUUCCUGAGCCUCCUGCUGAAGAGGAGCUGGACAUCCAGGAGGAGAAAACGAACACACCAGUACAUCAAACUCCGCCUUCAGCAGACCUGAAUGUCCCUGCUGACGAAAUAUGCGCUCCUCUAACCAAUGGCCUCCUCAGCAAGCAGAGAGGGAAGGGUUUGGUUCCUGCAGCUGCUCCUCCCUCCACAACCAAAGCUCCGCCCAAGGGAGCUACCACAAGGAGGAAAACCAGCACCUCCUCCUCGUCUUCUAAACAGGCUGCUGCAGUCCAGAAAGCAAGCGCUCCUCCUCCCCUGAGGAAAGGAAAAUCAGUUGGAAAGGAUCCUGCUGAUGAAACUGCUAAGGCCUCCAGGACAGCAGGAGGCGCCAGAGCAGCCAAGAUGAUCUCAGCCAAGAGUACAGAGUCAGUUGAUGGUGUUAACAGUCCAGGAAGUCGCUCUCCUGCCAGCCGAUCAUCCACUCCGAACAGAGACAUCAAGAAGGUGGCAGUGGUUCGGACCCCACCUCGGUCACCUGGCUCUACUCGUGGACGGACACCCCCCCUCCCCUCCCACCCUAUGCCUGACCUGAGCAACGUGAAGUCAAAGGUCGGCUCCACGGAGAACCUGAAACACUCCCCAGGAGGCGGCAAGGUUCAGAUCGUCAACAAGAAGCUGGACCUCAGUAACGUGACGGCAAAGUGUGGCUCCAAAAGCAACAUCCACCACAAGCCAGGUGGAGGGAAGGUGGAGAUAAAGUCGGAGAAGGUGGACUUCACAGCGAUUCAGUCUAAAGUGGGUUCCCUGGAGAACGUCACUCACGUUCCAGGAGGAGGGAAGAAGAAGAUUGAGAGCCAGAAGCUGAGUUUCAGAGAGACCGCCAAAGCUCGGACCGACCACGGUGCUGACAUCAUCACCCAGGUUGACUCCUCCCCUCAACGCCUUAGCAACACUUCCUCCCCUGGAAGCCUUAAUGCGGCUGAAGCUCCGCCCCUUGACACGCUGGCUGACCAGGUGUCUGCCUCCCUUGCCAAACAAGGCCUGUGAUUGGAUAACCCUGUGCCUGCAGACCCCACCCACUCCUGUUACCAAGGAAACCACCUGAAUAAAGAAAGAAAAAAAAUCAUCAUUCAGCCUUCUCUUCAUCACAUUCACCUGAAGUCACCGGUGAUCAGAGAGAUUUUAUGAUGUUAAAAGGAACGCCCAAUCACAAGCCAGGUGCAGCAUUACUCCAUGACAAGAGGUGAAGCUGGUACAAAGGGUUUCUCCACCUGAAUAUGCUCUGUGUGCUAAGCUAAGCUAAGUUGAGCUAAACAUAUGUCAGAGCUUCAUUUGAACAUAGAGGACAACUUCAGAUGUUUCAGAAUAUCUUAGAUCUUCUUGUCUGCUGCAAACACACUGUGCUAUCUGAUCAGUGUGUUAGCAUUGCUAAUUAGCCUGUUAUCAAUACUGAUUAGCCUACUAACAAUCCAGAUUGGCCUGUUAGCAUUAUUGAUUAUACUGCUAACAAUACUGAUUCACCCAUUAGCAUUACUGAUUAGCAAGUUAAGAAUACUAAUUAGCCUUUUAGCAUUAUUGACUAGCCUCCUAACAAUACUAAUUAGCAUUAUUGAUUGGCCUGCUAACAAUACUAAUUAACCUGGUAACAAAUUAGCCUGUUAGCGUUACUGAUUAGCCUGCUAACAAAACCAAUUAACCCGUUAGCAUUACUGAUUAGCCUGUUGACCAUGGAAUCUACCUGAUCACAGAACACCUCUCUGAUGUCACCUCUCUCAGCCAAUCACCAUCUCUUCUCCUCUGUCAUCUCCCCCGCACCCCAAGCAUUAAAAGUUACCCAGAAUGCCAUUUGAUACCAGGUGCCAAAACCAUGUCUGUCUCCGCCUGUUGGCUGUUGAAGUGCUUUGUACCAAUAAAGUUCGUCUUGGAUCUGA